AUGUCUGAGUCAAUCGCAAAUUAUCUUUUGCUCUCCUUGCCAUCCAAGGCAGCCCCUGAGUCAUCUCCUUCAAGUGAUGUUUCUGAAUGGUUGGAGAGAAGUCUUUUGAAUGGUAAAACUUCUUUAACCAAAUUCUCCAUUCCAAGCUUCAAGAUAGGUACUUUGGAUCAAUUAGUUCUUCAAAGUGAAGAAUUACAAAAAAUUGACGAACAAUUGGCUGGCUCAGUUGGUAAAGUUGUUGAAGUUUUAGCUAGUUUAUAUGAUAACGAUCAACAAUUAAUAAAUUUGAGUAAAAAAGUUGAUGAUAAGUCCGUUAUAGAUUACCUUGAACAUUUCCAAUGGAAAUCAAACAAGUUCAGAGUUGAUAAAUCCAUCAAAGAAUUGAUUUCUGCUCUUUCCAAUGAAGCAUUCCAAUUGGAUAAUGAUGUCAGAAAUGCAUUUACAAGUUAUAAUACUGCCAAAUCUAACUUGAGUGCUGCUGAAAGAAAACAGACUGGUGAUUUAUCAGUUAGAUCAUUACAUGAUAUAGUUUCACCAUCUGAUUUUGUUCUUGGUUCCGAUCAUUUACAAACCAUCUUAGUUGCUGUUCCAAAAAGUUUACAAAAAGAAUUCCUCAACAAUUAUGAAUCAUUAGUGCCUAUGGUUGUUCCAAGAAGUGCAAAAGUCGUCAGUGAAGAUAAUGAAUACUAUCUUUAUAAUACCACUUUAUUCAAGAAAUAUAUUCCAGAUUUUUUACAAGCACUACGUGAAAGAAAGUUUGUUCCAAGAGAUUUCGUAUACUCUGAAGAUGUUCUUAAUGAAAUGAGAAAAGAACAUGAAGUUGCUGCACAAACUGAACAUCGUUUGAAAAAUGAAUUGGUCAGACUAGCCAGAGCCGCUUACUCAGAUAUAACUUCUAAUUGGUUCCAUUUGAAAGCUAUUAGAAUAUUUGUUGAAAGUGUGCUGAGAUAUGGGUUACCACCAGAUUUCCAAACCACACUAAUAAAAUUACCAUCUGCAAAAAGUAAUGAGAAGGCUAAGCAAGAGUUAUUCCAUGAAUUUGGUUACUUGGGUGGUAAUGCUUUCUCUGUUGACAAGAAAGGUAAAGUUCAAAAAGAUUCUUCAUUAAAUGAAUAUGCGUCUUUGGUUGAUACUGAAUAUGAGCCAUUUGUCAUUUACGACAUUGAAAUCAAAUGAAUAAACAGGAGAGUGGUAACUUAAUAACUUUAUAGAGAGUAGUAAAGAAAAAAUUCAAC